AUGGUUGGACAUGUUGUGUCUCCAUCAUUGUGCAUUCAGCUGCGUACGCACCACGUUCACUCCAGGAUUCCUCAUGUCAAGAUUGCCCAAAGGAAGCCUUUUGGGAGUUGCAGCAUCACAUGGAGACCUUCAGGCAAAGCUCAAAACCUUUAUGUUUCUACUCCCUUGAAUCUUGGAGCACACCAUCUUUCUCGGGAAGACUCUUCUUGUAAGUGUACUUGCUUCGCAUCGCUGGCAGAUUUUGAUGGUGUUGCUGGUUCCGGCUGGGUCCCUAUCAGUGACCAAGUUCUCCUGAUGGCCAGUAUAUUCCUUACAUAUAUGGCUGGAGUGAUUCCUGUUCAAAAUCCCACUUACUCCACCAGAAAGAACACUGUUGAGGAGGCUCCAGAUGUUUUGACUUCAGAAUCUUCUGGUAGGGAGACAGAUUUUGAGGGUGAUUUGAAGUCUGUAUGGGAUGUGGUGAAAGCAAAGCUUUUAGAUUCUUUAGACGCCAUCAAGCGUGAUAGUACACUUGGAAGCAGAGUCCUCAAAGCCAAACAGUCCCAAGGGAAGCCCCCACUGAGUUUGUAUGCGAUAUCUGAGGGGCCCCAGUUGUACUUACUCUGGUCAUGCUUUCAAAAGCUUGAAGAAGAGACAAAUAAGAUUUCUAGCACAAUCAAUUUGGAUGAAUGGAUGGUUAGUUUUACUGAUAUUGUCCGCGAAGCAUAUCAAGGAGCAUGCACGGCUUGGCUAAAAAGGGAAUUGUGUGCAGAAAACACUGAUUCUGACAAGGCGAUUACUCCUUUGCUUCUCAGAAUGCUAAAUGAAAAGGACGCUGUUUUUGAUAAAAUAAGAAAAUCAGGCAAGGAAGAUCUGUUUGCAGAAUUCUUAUAUUUCCAUAGAUAUGGAUAUACCGGGAAAGCUUCCUGCUACAACCUUAGCUUGUUUCACACUCAUGGAGUUGCCAUUUUGGAAGACUUCAUGAUAACUUUAGCAGAUGGUGUUGCUAGCAUCUAUCUAGAGCUCAUUUCUGUAGAUAGCAAAUUUUCAAACGAAAUGAACAGUGGUGGAUUAGAUAUCUGUAACCUUUCUAGUCGAGCACUCCAAAAACUACGUAACGAGGUAGCUCUAUACCAGUGGUUGCAUCAGAACAUGGAAGCAGUUGUGUCGAUGUAUGAGGAUCGCUUUGACCUCUACAUUCUUCAAACUCAGGUUAUUAACAACCUUGAUGGUGGUGAUGAUACAGAAAGCCUUAGUUGGUGGAGAAAGCUCACACCGGGAAAAUCUAAAGCUGCCUCAUCAUCUCCCUUGCGAUAUUCCAUAAUCAGGGAUUUCUCAUUGCCCGUUAAACGAACCAAGGAGCUUAAGGCUCUAUCGGGAUGGAGGUACUACUUCAGUUUGUUUCUAGAGUUAUCAGACAUUGGAAUGCCAAUUAUCAGAGUGGUGUUGGAUAAAGUGAGUAGCAUCAUAUCCUUCUUUCUUGUCACCUUGAUCGGUAGAUCAGUCGGGCUCAUCUUCACCGGGAUUAGACAAUCUCUCCGGUGGAAGUGA